AGAAAAUUCCUUUCUCUCGUCUCUCGUCUUCGUGCGAGGUGGAAACAGCUAGAGUGUAGCGGGAACGAGAAACGAAAAACGAAAUCGGGCCAGCCAGAAGACUUUCGUUGAUCCGUCUGUAAGGAUCUUUAUCGUUUAGAGGUGUCGAUCGCGUUUUCGAAAUAUCAAAAGUGUUUUUUCUCGUGAUAACAUUAAUUGAUCAGAAAUGGCUGAAGAGUGGGACGAACCAAACAAUACUUCCUCGUUUGCUGAAGAGGGUCGUUCCUACGGUAAAGGGAGAGGCUUUGCCCCUUUCAACAACAACAAUAAGGAUGAGUUCCAUGUAGGAAGCAAAAACGGUUUCUCCAAGGACGACAGCAGUGGUUUUGGGACUGACAACAAUGAUGAUUUCAACAGCGGUGGGAAUAAGAAAAAUGGUGGAUUUGAAAAUGGAAAUAAGAGCGGUGGAUGGGCAGGAGGUAGCGGAGGCGGUGGAUUCGAUGACAACAAAAGUGGAGGUGGCUUCAACGGAGAAAGAAGAGGCCGUGGCGGAGGAAGAGGUGGAGGUCGAGGAGGUUUCAGAAAUCGUGACAAUGACGGCGAAAGCAGUGGUGGUUGGGGCGGUGGCGGUUUCCAAGAUAACGACGAUUCGAGACCCCGUAGAGGAGGAAGAGGAGGAGGACGCGGUGGAGGAGGUUUCCAAAAUCGUGACAAUGACGGCGAAAGCAGCGGUGGUUGGGGCGGCGGCGGCGGUUUCCAAGAUAACGACGAUUCGAGACCCCGUAGAGGAGGAAGAGGAGGAGGACGCGGUGGAGGAGGUUUCCAAAAUCGUGACAAUGACGGCGAAAGCAGCGGUGGUUGGGGCGGCGGCGGCGGCGGCGGUGGUUUCCAAGAUGACGAUUCGAAGCCGCAUCGAGGUGGAGGACGCGGUGGAGGAGGUUUCAAAAAUCGUGACAAUGACGGCGAAAGCAGCGGUGGUUGGGGCGGCGGCGGUGGUUUCCAAGAUGACGAUUCGAAGCCGCGUCGAGGUGGUGGAAGAGGCGGAGGACGGGGCGGAAGAUCUGACCGAGAUGGUGGCGGAGGUGGGUUCGAUAAACCAGCUGGUGAAAAUGGCGAGGUAGAUCCCGACAAACCUCCACCAGUAACCUACAUUCCUCCGGAUCCGUCGACAGAGGAGAGCGAGAUAUUCAGCGGCGUAGAUGCCGGAAUAAACUUCUCCAAAUACGACUCAAUUCCCGUCAAAGUAUCUGGCGAGAAUGCCCCUUCAGCGGUUGAAGAAUUCGAUAAAAUGGGCCUGAGGAAAUUGAUUCACGAGAAUCUUAUAAAAUCCGGCUAUACAAAACCAACCCCCGUGCAGAAACACGCUAUACCGAUCAUAAUGGCCAGACGCGAUUUGAUGGCGUGCGCUCAAACAGGUUCCGGAAAAACUGCCGCUUUCCUCGUACCGAUAAUCCACACCCUUCUCGAGGAUCCGACUGAGCUUAAGCUUAUCGGUGGUGGGUGUGAGCCACAUUGCGUCAUCGUAUCGCCAACUCGAGAAUUAGCGUCCCAGAUUUGGGAACAAUCGUUAAAGUUCGCCAAAGAUUCGGUCAUCAAAUGCGUCGCCGCUUACGGUGGAGUUGCCACUGCUCAUCAGGGACGCCAGGUCGCUAACGGAUGUCACAUACUCGUCGCUACGCCCGGACGUUUGAACGAUUUCGUCGAACGACGUCGAGUCAGUUUCGCAUCGUUGCGCUUCUUGGUACUCGAUGAAGCUGAUCGCAUGCUUGACAUGGGCUUCCUCGAGGACGUCAGAAAAAUGAUUGAUCACGAGACUAUGGUGCCCAAAGGCGAACGUCAAACCCUCAUGUUUUCCGCCACCUUUGCCGAAAACGUCCAAACAAUCGCCGGAGAAUUUCUCAACAAUUACGUUUUUCUGACAGUUGGCGUAAUCGGAGGCGCUUGCACUGACGUUGAACAAACCUUCCACGAAGUACCAAAAUUCGAGAAACGCAACAGACUAAAGGAGCUCAUUCAACGCGAAGAUAUUAAUAAUUUUCCAAGAACACUGGUAUUCGUCGAAAUGAAGAAAACCGCUGAUUUCAUCGCCGCCUUUCUCUCGGAAACAAAUGUUCCUACUACCAGUAUGCACGGUGAUCGCACCCAAGAACAACGCGAAGAAGCCUUGAGGGAUUUCAAACGUGGAAAAAUGCCCAUUCUCGUCGCUACCGCUGUUGCCGCUCGUGGUCUCGACAUCAAAGGGGUCGCUCAUGUUAUUAAUUACGACAUGCCCAAGGAAAUCGACGAAUAUGUACAUCGCAUUGGAAGAACCGGACGCGUCGGAAACUGUGGCAGAGCCACUAGCUUCUUCGAUCCUGAGACUGACAGCGCACUUGUCAACGAUCUUGUCAAAGUUCUUUCUCAAGCUGGACAAGAUAUACCCGAAUGGCUUUCGUCCGGCGGUGGAAGCUUCGCGCCUAGUCGCGGCGAGAAAUUUGGUGGACGAGAUGUUCGAAACUUUGGAAACGAUGGAACUUACGACAAUCCUUCAGAUUUGCCGAACACCGCUGUCAAUCCUGAGCCUGAGGACGAGUGGUAGAGAGAACGAUGAGAGAAAAGAAGAUUCACGGGUACGAUAUGAUCGUAUUGCGAGAUCACCGUUUUGAGAGGGACAAUCGAUUGAAGCUUCACAUUUUACGUAAAAUUGAGGCCCCUCGGACACAAUUAAAAUACGCGACACUACUUUAACGACGAUAAGCAAACCUUUUUUUCAUUCGUUUUCAUCUUUACAACCUAUUUUUUUUGUUUGAGAUUAUUAAUGAACAAGUUCAAUAUAUGACUGAAAGAGGUGAACGUUCCUAAUUAUCUGUGCUACGAUAUUGAAUAGAUUAUACGAGUAACUGAUGAAGCGAAGUUUCUAAUAGGAGGCUCUGAUCCUUCAAAGCAUAGUGAACAUUUCCAAUAUCGACUUUUCAUGGUACUCUGUUUACCAUUAGUAUAAGUUGAAAUUAAACAAUGACAAGAUAAUUGCGACGAUAAAUUCGUAGGAUUACUGUGGUCUAAAACGCCAAAGAAAUGUUCGGAAUAAUACAUUUUUUCAUAGAACGUAUAAAAGUUAAACUCAGAUAACAAGUUUGACAGAUUAUUAGAACAUGACAACUCAACGUAAGUGAAAAGUAUAAGUUUAUGUAAUAUUCAUUUUAUCACUCUUCAUUGAUGAUGAUGCUACGUUGUUGACAAUUUUAUACGUUUCUUUUUAUAAUAAAUAAAGAACAAAAGUAUUAUUACGAUUGAAUAGCA